CUGAAAUUGGUUGCAUUUUUGAAAAGUUUAUAUCUUUUCGUGAAAACUUGGUUAAACAAGAAGCUCAUUAUAUUUCGUUAAUUAGUAUGACCAAGAAGUAAAAUUCUACUGAAGAAAAUGAUUUUUGAAUACACUGACGUAGUGAAAAUACAAACAGAACUGGGUUAUACUACAGUGAAGUGUUCGUCCACGACCACCGUACAAGAAAUAAUUUCGGUGGCCAUGAGAUCCAUUUCAUUGUCAGCUUCGCCACAGCUCUAUGGACUUCGACUAUUGGGCCUUCGUGAUAAAAAUAUAACUUGUAACCAUGUUUUAUGUAGGCAUUUGACAUACUCUGAGGUUAAGGAAAUGUAUGGAAUCAGAGAUCUUCAGCUUGCAAUAUACUUGUUUCCAACAAAGUUUGAAGAGGCAGCAAGAAACGAUAGGGCAACUCUCUUUUAUUUACAUCAACAGACUAGAAAUAUAUACUAUUCUGGAUUACAAAACGUUAAAGACGUUGAGUUAGCACUCGAAAUAGGAUGCCUUAAUAUAAGGAGUUUUGUUUCGUCGCCAAAAUUAUCCGUUAAAGAAAUAAUUGAGACAGUGGAAAAGGUGCGAGAUAUUUCCACUUUUUUUCCACCAUCCGUCCUCCAAAAUUUGAAGGGUAAAGCAUUUAAAAAAGCCGUGCAAAAUUACUUGGCGAAAAUAAUCCACUACUCAGAGGAAGACUGUGCACUGGACCUGUUGAAUCGUUAUCUUGUUUUGCUACAAUUUGAUCGUGAUACAUUUAAAUGCCGACUUGGAGCUGGAUGGGGUAUACCGGUGGAUCUAAUUAUUGGACCACGUUUUCAAAUAUCUAUAGUCGUUGAAAAUGGACGUCAGCCAAGACAUUUGGCUUAUUUUGCCAGUAUUCGGCAAGUGAUUGUCACUAAAGUACAAAUUCAAAGUAAAGAAUGUUAUCAAGUGAAAAUUGGCAUGGAACAAUCAAUAACAGUGGCAUCAAACAACAGUAAUAAUGGUCAAUUCGAUUUUAUUAGUUUCACGUUUACGACCCCUGAAGAAGCUGAUACUGUGGUACAUUUAUUAGAAGGAUAUUGUGGUGAAUCAAUGGAUGAUAUUUUAUCCAAUGGUACACUGAAUUCAUUAAAUAACCAUGAAUCAAAAUGGCAAAUUAAUUCAGGAAUUACAUGUAGUGAUUUUUUACCGAAUGGUUGUCCAUUUAGACUCUGUAAAACCACUAAAUCACAAUUACAAAGAUUGGAAAUAAAUAGAAAUUCAGUAACAUUGGAACAAGUACUUGGUGAAGGUCAGUUUGGAGACGUGUAUAAAGGAUCUUAUCGUAGAAAACCUAAUUUCGACCCAUUAUUGGUUGCUGUGAAAACAUGUAAACUGGACGCAUCGUAUGAAGAAAGAAAGCGUUUUUUAGAGGAAGCGCAUAUAUUGGGAGAAUUUGAUCAUCCACAUAUUAUAAAACUAUUUGGUGUAUGUUCUGAUGAACCGAUUUGGUUAGUUAUGGAAUAUGCUGCAUUGGGAGAGUUACGCCAUUAUCUUAUAGCUAAACAAAAUGAACUAACCAUAAAACAGUUACUUACAUACUCCUAUCAAAUUGUAACCGCUCUAGCUUGUUUAGAAUCUAAGAAAUGUGUUCACAGAGAUAUAGCUGCUAGAAAUAUUCUUGUCUCAAGGCCAGAUUGUGUAAAACUGGCCGAUUUCGGAAUGUCACUUAUUUUAACAGAUAAAAAUGACUUUCAAGCUGAACAAGGUAGAAAAAUGCCUAUUAAAUGGAUGGCUCCAGAAAGCCUACAUCAACGACGUUUUAGUUCAGCAAGCGAUGUUUGGAUGUUUGCUGGUGGUGAUAAUCAGAAUGACCAAUCCUAUAGAACAUAUCAAAAUCAAUUCAGAAUUAACUUAACACCACCAAAGCCACCUAAACAGUCUCCAAUACAAACAUCUAAACCUCAUAUUAAUCUACAAAGUCGAUGGGAUGAAGCCAGUAAAGUGAACUGGACUAAACUAGAUAUUCCGUCAAGUCGAUAUUUAUCAAAUAAUUUAGAAAGGUCCUAUAAAACUAUAAGCAAUUCUCCAUCACCAAAUCGUCAGAUGGAUAUUGAUCACAAUUCAAAUUCCCAAAGAGAUAUUCCAUCAUUUCAUGAUAUGGAAAAAUAUAAUGCUACACAAAAUGCUUCGACAUCAAGUGUGAAUUCAUCAACACUUGGUUCAGUAUCAAGUACAGUAACUGUGAAAGGACAAUCACCUGAUAUUACCAGACGUAAAUCAAUUCUACCUCCAUCUCUGUGUCAUAAUUCAACGAAAAUAUUUGAUUUUACAUCGGAAUCGCGAAAUUUGAGUGAACGUAGAAGUGAUGACUUUGAAAAAAGAUACAAAUCAGAACUAAGGAAAAAUACUUCAAUUUACAGAAAAACAAUGCCGCCUUCAUUACCUACUCAAGUAAUUAAAUUGAAUAUUAAUGAAAAUAAUAAUUCAUCAACUUCGAUAGAAUCUUGUUCAUUAUCCCAUAAUACUCAUAAAAUCCGAAGUUUUUCAUCUGAUGGUGUUCGAUUGGCAAGUCAUCAAACAACUCCAACACAUUCAAGGAAUACAUCAAUUUCUCAGUCAGUGUCACAACAUUCCUCCAAUCAAAGCAUCAAAUUCUGUAAUAGUUCUACUCGUAAUAUUCUCAUUAAUCAUAACAGUAAUAAUGAUAAUAGUUGUAUUCGUAAACAAAUGGCAUCGGAUUUAAUUUCUAAUCGCCAAGCUUCACCGAGUAAACGUAAUAAUAAUAAUGAUAAUAAUAAUAAUACUGGUCAUGUAGACCCAGUGUUUUCAGCCACUGUAAAGGUUGUACAAACUGUUAGUUUGGUUAGUCAGCAGAUAAUUACGAGUAAACCAGAGGAAUAUGGUACCUUGAUAAAAACUAUUGGUACAUCAAUCAAAGAUUUAUUCUCUGCAAUUCAAAAAGAAUUCGGUGAUCAUGCUUGCGAAACAAUUCUUCUAGCUGAACGUCAAUUAAAUUCUUCAAUGUAUUCCCUCAUAACAACUACAAAAAGUGUUAAAUUACAAAAUAAUCGAGGUCCAUUACUGGAAGAAUAUCGACGACAUUUAAUGAGCUUAGCUUAUGCAAUUGCAGCUGAUGCAAACACUUUAUAUACAACUGUUUAUGAAAAUCGCAUUAAAUGAUUAUACUGGACAAAAAUGUCUUAAAAUUAUUACCACUACCUAUUAAUAAUGGGGACAUAUUCCCUUUGAAUAUUCCUAUAAAUAUUUGAUUGUGAGGUAUAUUCAUUUUUCUACAAUGCUUUUUUUUUCUUCUGUGUAUUUCUUCUUAACACUUGAGUUACUACCGUUUUCCUACAUACUACUGAAAUUAGUAGGCUGUACAUUUGUAUAAAAAGCAAUAAUAAUAAUAGCAAUGAAGUAAUAAUGCAACAAUUGCUUUUGUCUUUCAUGUCACCUUUCUGUCAUUUCUACAGUUAGUUUUCAUUGUUCACUGGUUCUUUUUCCUGAUGUCUUUUUUUACUUAUAUACAAUUGUUGUAGAGUUUUUUAAAGAUUAUUUGUUGCGUUGUUUAAAUUCGAAAACUAUUCCCAAGUGGCUACAAACCCUGAUGGAUAAAAGUCUGUAACAGAGCCGACGAAAAUAUAAGUUAACCUCAAUUAACCAAAA